UCACUAUAUCGGCGGCCAGAUGCAAGCAAGGCGUGUGUCCCCAACGGGGGUAUGUUAAUGAUAUCUGCAUUUCACCAGUCUAUCCUACCCCGGAAUUGGACAUUUUUGAUGUGGUGCCUGCACUUGUUUUGUUUUGAAGGUUCUCACUCACCACCUAUAGCAUCUGGGAUGCCCUGUACCCACUCGCGCCGUGUUUUAAAUCUACGAUGUACUAAGCAAGGUGCGGUCUGGUGUGGUCCACGACAGUCACUGCGUCGGGGGCGAUAAAUCCCUGCUGAGAAAGUGGCUGAAAUUUUUUAUGGGAAAACUUUCCUUUCUCGGUA